AUGUCGGUGGUAAAGCUGAUAUCAACUGGUAAAGCUGAUCCUUUAUCGUAUGCUUCACGUGCAUAUAGAGAUUAUUUAAUCGGACAUUGUUUACGUAUUUUAACCGGUACUGUUGGAGAUGCUCAUUUAUCUUCAAUAUUAGAAUAUGGACAAACUAUUAUGGUUUCUGCUGGAAUAGAUGCUGGAUUUUUAUGUACUGACAAAGUUACAGUUACACAUUGCGAAGAUGAAAUUGGAUUAUGGUGGGGAGCAGUUAUAUAUCUAGCAGCAUGUUGGAAAUUGAAAGAAGACGAUUCACAAGCAUGGAGCAUUUCCACUACCAUAUAUUAUUUAAAUGCUUUGCAAGCAACAAAAGCGACUACUAAAUCAGUCUCUGUGCGUUUUAUUGAUCAGGCAGGAAUAUUGCUUGAACAAUGUUUGGUUUAUUAUAAUUGCAAGCAACAGUCAUCCCAAAACGUUUUGCUUACUCAAUUGUGGAUUUGUGAUUGGUUACUUGAAAUGCGAACUACACUUUGGCAGGAAUUAGAUAACGAUUUAGAAAAAUUAACUACAAAUAUAUCUCUUGGAGGUUUUCAACGUGAUUUAGCUUGUUUGAGACAAUUAUGUCAACAUAUUCCAUCUACUUUAGCAAGAGUAUUUGUUUAUGAAGCCACAACACGUAUAAUGGCGGGAGCAACACCAGUGAAAACUCAAAUAUUGUUAGACCGUAGCUUACAUCACAGAAAUUCACGUUCUUCAAUUAUCCGUGGAAAAGAUCGUUCACAAGAUCAAUAUACUGGAGAAAGAGAACACGCGGUAGCUUUAUGUUUAGCUUGCCGACAUUUACCUCCACUAUUAUUAGCCUCUCCUGGAGAACGUGCAGGCAUGCUUGCAGAAGCUGCUAAAACUCUUGAGAGGGUAGGAGAUAUAAAGAGACUUCAAGAAUGUUACAAAUUAAUGAGGCAAUUAGGACCAGCUAUCUCUGCUAACUGAUAUAUUACUGGUAUAAGAAUAUACCUCAUUCAAUCUUGUCUUUUACAUGGGUUUAUCUUUUUCAUGACUCAUUAUUGUACCAGGUAUGUAAAUAUGAAACCGGAAUUUUUAUAUAGAAAAUACACGUUUAUUGUAUGAAAAUGAUUAAAAAUAUUUUAUUCGAAGUAUUGCCCAUCGCUAGCUAUACAUUUUUCCCACCUGUCUGGCUAUUGGUGGAUGCCACGUCAAAAAA